UGCUCAGUAGUAGGUCUCCUUCAUUGUGCCCUGUCUCUCUAAAAAGAAGCGCUUAGCUAGGCUAGCCGUCAAUCCCCUCAGCAGCAUCACGCCAGGGACUCUAGGCUUUGUGGACUGCGGUCGCUUGAACCUCUGCAGCACCGAAAAAUGGCUGUCCCUCCUUCAUACUCAGACCUCGGCAAGGCCGCCAAGGAUAUCUUCAGCAAGGGCUACGGCUUUGGGGUUGUGAAGCUGGACCUGAAAACCAAAUCUCAAAGUGGAGUGAUGGAGUUUAACACAACAGGCUCCAGUAACAUCGACACGGGGAAGGCUUCCGGCAACCUGGAGACCAAGUACAAGAUGAAGGAGCUCGGCCUGAGCGUCAGCCAGAAGUGGAACACAGACAACACGUUGGCCACAGAGGUCACUGUGGAGGACCAGCUUGCUCAGGGCUUGAAGGUUGGCUUGGAUACUUCGUUUGUACCAAACACAGGGAAGAAAAGUGGCAAGCUGAAGACGGGCUACAAGCGAGACUUUGUCAACCUGGGCUGCGACGUGGACUUCGAGGGGCCCAUCGUUCACGCUGCUGCCGUGCUGGGCUACGAAGGCUGGCUGGCCGGUUACCAGAUGGCCUUCGAUACGGCCAAAUCCAAGCUGUCUCAGAACAACUUCGCCCUCGGCUACAAGACUGGGGACUUCCAGCUGCACACCAACGUCAAUGAUGGGACGGAGUUUGGCGGCUCCAUCUACCAGAAGGUAAAUGACGAGCUGGAGACAGCGGUCACUCUGGCCUGGACCGCCGGCAGCAACAACACCCGCUUCGGCAUCGCAGCCAAAUACAAGCUGGACAAAGACACCUCUCUGUCGGCCAAAGUGAACAAUGCCAGUCUGAUUGGAGUCGGCUACACCCAGAGCCUUCGGCCAGGCGUUAAGGUCACCCUGUCGGCCCUCAUCGAUGGGAAGAACUUCAAUGCAGGCGGACACAAAGUGGGCAUGGGCUUCGAGCUUGAGGCAUAAUGAGGACUCCACAUCAGUACUGGACAGCACCACCUUUCAUGUAGCUCCUCUCUGGACUCUCCUCACAUGGCCUCCCCCUCCCCUGUCCGCAACCCCAGUGAGCAUUUCUGAGCUAAGUCGAGUCUGGAGCUGGGAGGUUGACCCUGAUUUUGGCGGUGCACCAUCGUAAAGGAAUUACUGAUGUUUAUGGCUGAAGUCACAUUUAUUUAUUUCCCUGUAGGUCUUGGAUGAUGUAAUUGUUGGUGUGUAGCUCGUUGCAGCAGUCGUACCUAAAAGCAUGUGAGAAUAAAAACACGGAUGCAGAAAGAAACGUUCAUCUGCUUGGUUAAAAAGGGGCAGUGUGUCAGCUUUCCUCUUUUUUUUUUUUACAUUAGUUUAAACACUUUAGGAUGGUAAUAUUUUUAUUCACACACGUUUCAUUUGGUUGAAACUGAAUCCUGCUUCGACUGAGCGGCAGAAUCAUGAGGACAGUGAAUCCGGAUUGUCAGAAACCAUCUUUUACUGCUUUCUAGCUGCUCAUCCUGAUAGGUGAAAUCAAAGUGGUGGAAUCUUCUGGUUUCUUCUGUAGUGUAGCGCAUUUCUACAGCGUUGUUUUCAUCUGUCUCGGCUCAGCGGCCGUAGAGAUAGUGAGGAUAUUUGGCAUCGUAGUCGCUCUUGUUUUCCUCGUGGACCACAUUCAGCGCAGGCAGAUGUUGCAUCUCAAGCAGUCCACGCUUCUCUGAUAGUGCAGCUCCUCGUCCUCCGUGAUUCCUGUCAAACGCUUGAUCAUGACACUCCGCUGACCCCACGCUGCUUUGUUUCUGCAUCCAAAUCAGACGUCUAAAUGUCUUGUUCAUUUUAUCCAUCACACUUGUCAUUAUGAUAAUAAAACUCAUUUUAUUAUUUAGACACAGUACCUCAUUUUUUCCAAUGUAAAUUAAAGAAUUCUACAAAAAAAGAAAAAA